AUGCGUGAAGUGGGGUCUAUCCUCACUAGCUCCUUUGGGGGAAGCUACCAGGGAUUCCUAGACGAAUUCCACCGUCGCCACAAUGGUCAGGGCACUGCACUAGACCUUGUUAGAAUGGUCGUGGACACUUUCCCGUCCUUCCGUGAUGAGACCGUUUACGACGGGACCAAAGUCUACCUCUGGAAACGCCCGCAAAUCCUUGUCGCUGAAACUUGGGCUGCAUUCUUUCCCGCAUCUCAAGGCGACCGACAUCCCAUCUUCCCCGGAGAGCAAGGACCUGCAAUCCACGAGCUAACCAUGUUUGCAGACUAUCGCGUCCCUCAAAUCCUCCACCAUCUCAGAAUCUUGUCAUAUCCGCCCUCUCUCGUUGAACAACUCAGACAAGGCAUUUAUCUCCCAAUGGGAUGUAGAGAGGAGCUCAGCCUCCGAACAUCCAGUAUCAUUGCUGUAGAUCGCGUCCGCGCAGAGAUUCUGGCUGCCAUCCAAGAAGAAGACCCCGACAAUUCGCAUGUACUUGGGUCGACAAUCAGCAGCGUGUUGAUCGAUUUCUUCCUCUGGGACCUUGCGAAACGGUUGGAGAGCGGGGAAGAGUCGAUCGAGGGUUUGGAAACCGAGGAUAUAGUCCCUAUUCAUCGGACACGAAGCAUCUGGUACUAG